AUGAAGGAUGCUAAGGCUCUGGGAUUGAUUCAGGGAGCAGUUUCAGAUGAGAUAUUCCCACGAAUUUCUCAUGAGGAGACAUCAAAAGGUGCCUGGAACAUUCUGCAGCAAGAAUACCAUGGAGAUAAGCAGGAGGUAGUAGCCUCAUUGAAGAGUUUUGAAUUAAGGCUGGACAGACACUCUGAAAGCAAAACUGAGAAGGCAUUUGCCAGUCUCAGUGUGGAUGCCAAAUCAGUUAAAACUGGUGAUCAAGCUUCUAAGCAAAAUAAGAGUUGGAAAUCAAAAGGCAAGAAGUGGGAUAACAAACCAAAUGAUGGUGCUAAAAAUCCUUGCAAGCACUGUGGCAAAUUACACUUUGGAGAGUGUCGAUUCAAGGGCAAACCAAAGUGUUUCAACUGUGACAAACUUGGUCACAUAGCCAAAGAUUGUUACAGUAAGAAACCAACACAGCAAGUCAAUUAUGCUAACCAAGUAAAUGCUACUCUAACUAUGUUUUAUGCUAGCAAUAAAAUUGAUGCUAGUAUAAAAGGAGGUGAUGAGGUAUGGUACUUGGACAGUGGAUGUAGCAAUCAUAUGACUGGAAGGGAGGAUCUACUUGUUGACAUUGACAGAACUAUGACUGCAAAAGUUGAAAUGGGAACUGGACAGCUUGUUAAAGUCACUGGUAAGGGUAGUCUUGUGGUUGAAACCAAAAUGGGCAAGAAAUACAUCAAAGAAGUUAUGCGAAAGAAAACUUACUGA